UUUUCCACCAUGGGGAGAAGGGGCAGGUUGUUGUGCUCAGGGGAGAAAUGAAAGAAGCAAGCAGGGCUGGUGCUUCGGUUAGAUAAUGAUGAAAUAUGGAAACCUGUGCCCAGAGGGUGCUGGGCUAUGGGACAGAGCGGAAAUAGAAAACCAACCAGUUUUGGGGCAGUGUUGGGGGUUGGCUUUGAGGGAAACGGGUAACACAGGGGGUUCGGAAGGAGCCUGAAGUAGGAGGCACAUUUAUCUGUCAAAUGGGGACUCCCCACUCUGAGUCCCUUUCACCCUGGGGGCAGUGUCGUUCGUCCUGUCCAGAAUGGCAGCCUGUGGAGGCUCCUGCAAGAACAAAGUGACUGUCUCCAAGCCUGUGUGGGACUUCCUGAGCAAGGAGACCCCAGCCCGGCUGGCCCGGCUUCGGGAGGAGCACCGGGUGUCCAUCCUCAUAGAUGGCGAGACUUCUGACAUCUACGUGCUCCAGCUGUCCCCACAGGGUCCUCCCCCAGCCCCUCCCAAUGGGCUCUAUCUGGCCAGGAAGGCUCUCAAGGGGCUAUUGAAAGAGGCAGAGAAAGAGCUAAAGAAAGCCCAGAGGCAGGGGGAGCUCAUGGGCUGCUUGGCUUUGGGGGGUGGAGGGGAACACCCCGAGCUACACCGCCCAGGCCCUCCUCCCCUCCGAGCAGCCCCACUCCUGCCCCCAGGGGCAAGAGGGCUACCCCCUCCUCCUCCUCCCCUGCCCCCUCCACUCCCUCCUCGUCUCAGAGAGGACGCUGAAGAGCAGGAAACCACCUGCCCCAUUUGCCUGGGGGAGAUACAGAAUGCCAAGACGCUGGAGAAGUGCAGGCACUCCUUCUGUGAGGGCUGCAUCACACGGGCCCUGCAGGUGAAAAAGGCCUGCCCCAUGUGCGGCCGAUUCUACGGGCAGCUGGUGGGCAACCAGCCCCAGAACGGGCGGAUGCUGGUCUCCAAGGACGCCACCCUCCUGCUGCCCAGCUACGAGAAGUACGGCACCAUUGUCAUCCAAUAUGUCUUCCCGCCUGGCGUCCAGGGGGCUGAACACCCCAACCCAGGAGUUCGGUACCCUGGUACCACACGGGUGGCCUACCUCCCGGACUGCCCCGAGGGCAACAAGGUGCUGACCCUGUUCCGAAAGGCAUUUGACCAGCGCCUCACCUUCACCAUCGGCACGUCCAUGACUACAGGGAGACCCAAUGUCAUCACUUGGAACGACAUCCACCACAAGACCAGCUGCACAGGGGGACCCCAGCUGUUUGGGUAUCCGGACCCAACCUACCUGACUAGGGUGCAGGAGGAACUGAGAGCCAAGGGUAUCACUGACGACUGAAGGUGAAGGACGGACAGACUGAAGGACGGCGGCUCCUCUGCCGAGGCCCCCGCUGUCCUCUACUAGGAUCCAACGGAAGCCUCUGCUCCCCCCUCUCUCUGCCCCCACACCAUCCUUGAGGGGAUAUGUCUGACUGGGGUGGGAGCUCAGAGGGGAAGGGGACACAGUCCCUUCCCCUGCCCCCCACUGGCCAAGUGCUCCGGCAGAGGUUGGUUGGUUUCCAAGGCUCUGGUCCCGCACUCCGUGGUGUACAUAUCUUCCCUGCCCCUGCUUCUCCAGUGUCCUUGGCUUUUCCUGGUAUGUACCGUGCUCCAGUGACUAAGCUGAGAAAGGACCUGGGUAGGAAGGGUGGGGUCUCUUGACCUCCAGUUCCUGAAUACUGUCUCACCUUGGACUGAUAUUAGCCGCCUCCCCCAGCCAGCUGUGUGUUAAGAUAACAGUAGUCCUACCUUAACGGACCCUUUCUCUCCUCUGUCUGUCUCUGUCAGUCUGUCUUUCUCUCGCUCUUCUCUGCCCCUAUAAGGAGCCUCCUCACUGCCCCCCCCCCAAUCUGGAAUUGCUGCCAGACUGUAGCUUUUAAUUUAAUAAAAAUAAAGUGAAAUAUGCAACUCUA